CUCACGCCACUGCUCGAGGGGAUUCCCGAAGGUGCUUGCUUGGGCGUGCCCCAGCUGCACAGCCAAGGGCGUGACGCCAGACAACCUUCGUCCAGCUCAAGGUCAAGGUCAAGCCGCGUAACCGCCAGCCAAGUUCAAGGACCUUCAAGGAGCGCUUGCUAUGAAGGAGGCCAAGGGCAGGAGGGCCAGGAGCGCGACCAACACCGGCGUGGUCAGCUACGCGGGUCAACAGCGCCGAGUGCACUACUUCCUGAUCGAGUACCCCGAUGGCGCGUGCAGCGGCCGUUACCAGUGUCGAGCCGCCGUGCCGCCCCCUGCCGAGGAGCUGCCGUCACGUGGAGUCAGCCUGCCCGAGUCUACACCGUCGGAGCUGGAGUGCCUGUCGGAGCUUAUUGACCUGUCUCAGGUCACGUCCAUCUACGCGCCGCUCAACGUGCCUGACGCCACCAUGGUGUGGGAUGGCAUUGGCAUGAACGUGAUCUGGCUGGAGGUGGACCCGGCAACCGCGGAUACGCACGUGGAGACACCGCGGGACUUCGUCACUGAUGCCGUGAUAGCCAGGGUGCCGCGUGAGUACAUGGGCAAGGCACGGCUGAGCUGGCUGCGCAAGCGGCGCGCCAGUGGGGAGUUGUUGAUUGCCUCAUGUGCGACCUGUGUGUGGUUGGUGCUGCUGUCGAAAGGCAUCAAGAGGUGGGGUUUCGUGACCGCCAUGAGCGCGGCUGGCAUGGCAACUCACCGCAUGUGAGUGUGAUUUACUGCAUGUGUCUGUCUUUUAUGCGUGCUGUCUGUGUACCGCGCCUGAGACGCGUUUGCUUUUCUGCUUGUUUUCCACUGUGCCCCAACUCAUAUCACCAGACCACGGCCGUUCACAUUCCGUGGCUGGGGGGGGGACAACUAGCGGGGCACGUGCGGGUUGCAUCAGCCCAUGGGAAGGCGUGACAGCUGUCACACCCCAGCGGGUUACCUAGCAUAGCGUGUCACCGUGCUGUGUUUAGCUGUGCCGAUGCACGUACGGCAGACGGAAGGGCAAGACCCGGGGUUCCGCAAGAGGCUGUGAGGGGAGUUCCCGGUCGUGCCAGGAGCGUGUGUCAUGCGUUGUGUCCGUACAACCGGGUGGCUGAGCCGUUGACUGGGCUCAGGCCACGGCGGUUUCCAGUGUAUCGUGUGUAUGCUACGUUGCAUUAGCCUCGUGUGUUUGGGCGCCAGUCGUUAGCGACCAGGCUUAACUGGUGGGCGGUGGCUGAACUGGCCCGCGUCCCAUGCGGAGAUAGCGAGGUUAACGCGUGAGAGAGCUCAAGCAAGCUUGUCUUUGCUUGAGCUACUUGAACGACUUUCAUUUAGCGAUUUCAGAGUUAAAGACCCGUCCGUGUGCAGUCACGUCACAGACUGCCAAAUAAUUGUAAUAUACUGAGACG